AGUUAUAAGAGUUUCAGAUAUAUGUUUUGAUCACACCUGUUUCCCAUUUCUAUAAGUAUUAAUGUUUGAGGCUUAAGUUGCUAUGUGCUUUGUUUAUUUAGAUGGUGGGAAGGAAGUGACUGCAUCUUACAAAAAACUUGUGAGAUGGAAUCUCUAUCUAGCCGUACUAAUUUUACUAUAUCUGUAUACAAGUGUGACUUUUGUGGUUGAGACCAUGUAUAAUUAUAGCUAUGCUUCACAUGUGUUAUAAAUAUUUUUGUAGGCUAAAAUUAAUAUAAACAUCUACAUGUGUUAUUAAUAGCCCCUGCAGUUCUUCCAUUUCUUCCACUUUUGAUGCUCUGUGCUAAAUGUGAUAAAGGUCAUAUACUCUGUCUGUGUAUGAAUGUACGAGGCUACCAAAGGAGGAAUUAAUGAAGUUAAUGCAAAUUUUAUGCAAGGCUAUAAAAGGCCAAGAAGAGCUUUAUGUGGGGCUGCACUCCGAUGGUGAAGUCUUACUCGCUGUUACUUUCCUUUUUACUACUUAUGAGUUAUUGUCUACUAAUAAAGCGAAGCCAUUACAAAUGGUGAUGCGUUAAAACUUUAUUAAAAGAAAUGCUCUGAGUAAUUUAUUGAAGGAUUACAUAUUAUUCUGAAACUGAACAAUUCCUUUGAGCCUCAAGAAGCCCGAACUCAGCUGAGCAGACUCUGACGGUAUGGAGGAUUCCAGGUCUUUUUGCCUCAUAUCCAGAUCUCAGAGGUAAGGGCAAAUGAAUUGUAGCUUUUGAUGAGAAUAAGGGAUGUGCAUUAGAUGUUAUAUCGAUUUCCCUCUGGAUAUGAAACUUAACAAAACGUCACAAGAUUAUCAACAAUAUCAAAAGAUUUUCUGUAACACAUGAGGUACAUCUGCAUGUCUUUAAUCUGUCAUGAUGUUCCUAAAGAUCUGACUGCAUGUUUCAGGAAGUCUUGGGGCUUUAAUACAGUCUGUGUCUUUAACCGUCUGUCAUCAUUCAGUCAGUAUGGAGAUCGGUCAACUUCCUCUUGUGCUCUUGCUGAUUUCAAACAUCCACUCUGGACACUCUGAAGAAAAACCAAAACCCAAAGUGAGCAUUAAACCUGCUCAACAUGUAUUCAGAGGAGAGACAGUCACUCUCAGAUGUGACAUUGAUGGUGAAGGAGUCACUAGCUGGCAGUACAGCUGGUAUAAAGACGGUUCAGGCAGUGUUUUCAGUGAACUACAGGAACACACAUUCAGUUCUGUUACUGAGUCUGAUGCAGGUAAAUACUCCUGUUAUGGAGCAGAGAGAGGAGGAUCACGCAGCUCAAACAUCAGUGAUGCAGUUACAUUGACAGUAUCAGGUGAGUUUGAACAUCUCUUCAUAUACACACAUUUAACAUGUUUCUUUAAUGUGUUGUAGGCCUCCUUGGCCAAUUUAUCUGAGCAUAGGUACU